AUGGGCCUCUUCAACUCACUCAGCCAGGCAGUCUGCCUCCUGUCCUUUGCCACAUCGCUCGCGGGCGCGCAAAAGGCGGAGGGAAGCGCGUUCACCGACGCGACGUCGCAAAUUUCGUUCUGGAACACGAAGGUGGCGAGCACGGGGGGUUAUGAGUUUGGCAUCGCGCUGCCACCGGACGGGAGCGCGAAGAAUGAUGAGUAUAUCGGCCGACUGGUCGGUGUGAUAGGGGCGAAGGGCGGCUGGUCUGGGAUCAGUCAUAAGGGGCCGAUGACAAACAGCCUGCUCCUUCUGGCGUGGGCGGACGGAGAUAAAGUGACGACGAGUUUCCGAUGGGCGACGGAGUAUUCUCUGCCGGAUCCGUAUGGUGGAAACGCAACGUUGACAGAAAUUUCACAUAAAGUGAACGCCACUCACUUUGAGUUGGUCUACCAAUGUCAAGGAUGUUGGAACUGGGAACAAGAUGCAGAGACGACAGCAUCCCAGGAUCCUGCCACGGUCGAUAGCCUCGCUCUUGGAUACGCGCAAGGCAAGCAAAGCCCCGCACCGGUCACGGACGUGAACGGCCGGAUUAGCUUCCAUGACAAUGGCUUUGGGAUAUACACGGUGGACGUGGCGAAUGCUAGGCAGGAGGGAUAUGAGGGAUUCCUAGGCGGCUCAAGCAGCUCACCCAACUCACCCAGUUCAGGCAGUUCAAACAGUUCAAGCAGCUCGGGCAGCUCGGGCAGCUCGGGCAGCUCGGGCAGCUCGGGUAGCUCACAACCUCAACUAGUGUGCUAG